UUAUCCGAUGAUCACUCUGAUGUGGAGUGAAGUUACCUCUCCAUCCGAUCUGCAUAUGCAUUUUCUGCAAUGGAAACUGCUUUUUGGUUGUUAAUAAAGGAAUUGAGACAUGGAUCGAUUCUUCAGAUGUGGGAAGUUUUGUCCUUUAAUUAUUAUUUUUUUUGGAAAAUACCUAACAGUUGGGGGAGUUCUUAUGCAGUUAGCGUUGUACAAUUCAACGUGUUCUAGGUUGUUUUUAAGCUGUUCUUUUUAUUAUCUUAGUAAAGUUGGUAUGCAGUAGUAGGGAGAGGGCUAAGUUUGAGAACUCAGCAAGACAGCAACUGUACUUUUCCUAAUCCAAGGUUUAGUUAGAGCCAUAUUGAUUCAUGAUUUUUCAUCCCCAAAUAGGUAUGAUGAUGGUAGACAUGACAAAAUACCUUUUCCUUUGAUUUGAUAUAUUUUACCUUUUCUUAGUUGGAUGUUGAGGAUUGGUUACUUAGUCAACUUUAGCUUUUCUAUUGGUUUAAACAAGCAAGCUUUGGAAGGACAUGAGUAGAUACUGUUUUGGUGGCUUAUCAACCUGUGCUGCAGAGGGAAGUAUUUCUGAUAAAGAGUGGUACUUUUUGGUGUAAAGACAAGAGUAGAUGGCACAGAGGGCAUUGUAUGUCGAAACUUGAAAGUCCCUUCAGAUUUAAUAAGUUUGUAAAAUCUUUAUAUUGCAGUGUUGCUUUCCUGGUAUAUUUUUAGUUUUAAAGAUCAACUUCACUCAGUGUUACCUUCUUCAAGCCUUCAAGGUUGGCUGCUGAGUCCAUAUAGAUGGGAAUUUAUGAUGAAUCCCGGAUUUCUUAGUGGGAAACCAAGUGAAAAGCCUUUCUUGAGAAUUCUAGUAGACUGAAAAGACAACGGCAUGUCUCUUCAAGUUGUAUGAAAAUAAGAUACUCUGUAAUAUGCAUCAUUGCAGGUGUUGUGGGCGAACUCUGUGUGCUGAACACUCAUCAAAUCAAAUGGCCUUGCCACAGUUUGCUAUUCAUUCGCCGGUCAGAGUUUGCGCCGAAUGUUUUAAUGAUGCCCCUAGAUUCAUGGGAACUGACGCAGCAGCUUCAUCAGAUGAAGUCAAUCAUAUCACAGAUUCAAUUUCAAGAUUAGAUGUCAGUGGAGUUCCAUGUACUGAAAAUGAUCAAAAUGAAAAAAAGCAAUUUCCUGUGCCAAGCAAAUCAGAAUGCAAAUGUGGAAUGCCUUUGUGCAUUUGUGAAACUGAAGUGGAAACUGUUCCUGUUAGCUUACAGGGCACGGCUACUUCUUCCACUGUUACAGCUCAGACAAACCCAAAACCGAAAAAGGUUAACACAGCGCCAAAGAGUAGAGGCUCAGCAUCAAACAACAAGCAGGGCACGGUAUUCAAUCUUGGUGGCCAAGUUACAAGUACUAGUUCAGGACCAACUUCUGGGGAUUAUGAAGUUAGUGGGGAGGGUAUGAGAGAAGCAAUAAAAAACGGUGACACGGCCGCUGCUAAGCGACUUUUAAGUCAGGGAGUGGAUGCAAAUUACCGUGACAAGCAAGGGUCAUCUUUGUUGCAUCUAGCGACUGUUUUUAAUCAAACUGAGAUAGCUUUUGCCCUCAUGGAAAGCGGAGCAAGUUUGAACUACAAAAACCCACAAGGUGAGACCCCACUGGAUUGCGCCCCAGCCACGUUGCAAUACAAGAUGAAAAAGAAGAUGGAAGAGACAGUGCAGUGUGGCUGAGAAUUGUAUGUGUGAUCUAAAAGUGAGAGCUCUUUUUCUUCCUUGAGAUAUGAAAAGCCAUCUCUGAACUCAAACCUUGAUCAUCCUACACAGUGUAUGUUGGCAUCCAACUUUUGUUGCACUCUCCAACAUUUUACAUUUUACAUUUUACUCCCUUCUUUUCUUAGCAUCUCUUCUGUUGAUUCUUCAAAUAAUAUGAUCAGGACCAGCUUGAAUGUAUAUUUAUCAGUAUUUCAGUAUACUUCCAGAUCUUCUUGGUUAA